UCCGGUGGAUGACGUAUGCAGUUACGUUGUCAGCGUACAGAAAGUUUGGUGCCCAGAUUUCGUACUAAGAAACAUGGAGUCUAAGAAAUUGUAUCGCUUGCCUUUCUUAUGCCAAAUUGUUGCUUUAACGCUUUAUUAUGAACGCUGUUAUGCAGGUGAUUGCCCAGGCGAUGGGCGCACGUGGGUUCCCUUUGGUCAGAGCUGCUACCAUUUUGUCCAUGGAGAAGAAAACGUUGCGAAAGGCUACACAUAUGAGACCGCAAAGGCGACCUGUCGGGGAUAUGCGCUUCUGAGCGUGAAGAGUGCAGAAGUGAACGACUUCAUCGUGCAGUACAGUCCCCAAGUUUGGAAAGGCAACAUCAAUGUGUGGCUGGACAUGAACUUUAACCCUGACGAUGACAGUUUGGUGUGGCACGAUAAAACAAAGGUGACGUUCACUAACUGGGACAGCGGCGUCUCCGCGGCCGACCUGGCCAGCGCGGACAUCUGCGCGGCCUUGCACUCCAGCACGGGCCAGUGGGAGCAGGUCAGCUGCCAGGAGGACGUGGAGAACGGAGUGGUCUGCGAAGCGGCCCAGGAAACCGAAAAACAAAAGGCCAGUAACAAUCCGCUGCUCACGGCGCUGGUCGUACUGAGCGUGCUCAUCAUAAUGGGGGUGUCCGCCGUCCUCUGGUUCCUCCAUCAGAGGCACCACUUCGGCACUCUCUUCACCGCCUUCGAGUACCACCCGCCGUUCCGAUCCCCCCCCGCCGACGGGGCCACGCUGGUGGACUCCGAGGAGACGGAAGACAUGGCGUAACGACGGCCGCCCCGGGCUCCGAGGAGCACGUCGGCCGUGUCCGUUGCGUCACAGGAAGCGUGGGCCUUGGGUUUCGACCUGCGGUUUCAACGCCGCUUUUGUAAUUCAAAAUUUGUCCAUUCCCUUACAGGGGAGGAGAUGGUUUGUCUCUGAGGAAAGCUAACCUGGCCUUUGUCAGGUUGUGGACGCUCACAUUGGUUGCCCUCCGUCGGUCCCCGUUGCCGUGGUUUUGCUGGUUUUUUCUCUUUGACUGCGCUGUGUUGACUGCACUGACUUCUGAAUCUUGGAUUUUAAGUGCUGGUGUGAGAAUCAGUAGGCAAUGCAUGUACGUGGCAUUUCUCCGAAUAGUUUUAUUUUUCCAGGGCGCGCUGACUGUAGUUCGCAUUGAGGGAAAAAAAAUAGAACAAUUGCUGGCUUUUGGUCAGUUGUCACUCAGCUUUUAGGGUAGCAGGAUAACUUGUAAGUUGCAUAAAAAGCACAAAAGGGCCACCAGAAUAAACUAAUUUUUCGUAGUUUACUGCGUAUAUUUCCCAGUAUCAAGGGAUGUACAUUUUCUCAACUCCAAUCCUUCCACAGAUCACAUGGCUGGACCAAUCUUCUUGCAUUUCCAUUGGCUGCUGCUUGAUAUUAGUUAUAUAACGGCAUUGCAAAUCAGUGUGUCAAUUAAUAUUUGAAAUUUUUCUUUAUAUACAUGCCAAAGGUGUCGACAGUGGUGCCUGUAACACACAGUAUGCUUAUGGCUUGGUGCUUUGAGUAGUUGUUUUUCCUACGCAAAACAGUGUACUUUAUGCGUGGAAAACUGGAAAACCUGAACUCUGAACCGAGGAUUUUUACUGUUUUUAAACACUUUUUUGUUCAUAAUAUUGGGAAUUUGGAAUGGUGCAUAAACAUCAAGGAAAUUGUGAGAAUUCACCAUCAAUGUGUCCCUGUAAUAUGAACAUUGUUACGGUGGUUUUAUUUUUCAGUUUUUAUUGCAUAAGGUGCAUUGGCUUAAUCCUCUUUGGGGGGGGGGGGGGUCUCAGCUGGUUUUGGUGUCUGAAGUUUUCAGUGUUUAAUAAUUGAAUGGGAGAUAGGCAGUAAUAAUUUUGGCAAACGGUGUGGAACUGAAGUUUGUUAAUGUUCAUUGUAUUGCCUUGUAUUGUAUGCACUUUACACACUGAAAUACUAACAUGUAUGCAUUGAUAUUCCUCUUGAGUUUGACAGAAAUGAAUGUUCUUUAAAAAUGCAUGCAUCUUAUUUUUGAGGUGUUGCUUUCCUACAUAACAGCUUUAUUCUUAAAUUCCAUUUAACUUACACCAAACUGCAAAUAAAUGUUUAAAAUAAUCAA